UAUAAGAACAUAAAAAUUAAAAUAGUCUUAAAAUAUAAAGAAAUGACUAAAUAAGUACCAUCAAAUUCGAGCAUUUAAUCCAGAGAUUAUAUUUUAUUAAUUUUGAAAAAAGAAAUUAAUGUUCAUAACUGACAGAUGUACGGAAUUGGAUAAGAAUUCACAGGAGAAAAGCCAACUCAAUCGCAUCCGUUCGUUGAAACCCUACUCUUAAUCUAGACCGUGUAUUUCAAAAAAUAUAAUUUUUCAAAAAGAUUUGAAAAAAAAGAAAAGGAUCAUACUCUAAUUCAAAAUUACUCCCACCACACUACUUUCUCUCUCUAGAAAUCCCCAACCCCAUUCUCAGACUUUUUAACCCUAUUAAUUUCUUCUUUCCCGGAAAAAAAGAUUCGAUUUUUACGGCGCGUGUUUACAAAAUCAACUCCGCCUCGUUUCUGAUUUUUCCCCUUUUCUUUUCUGUUCAACAAUGCCGAAGAUUUGAUUUUUUUUUUUACGCACCCAGUUUAUAAUUUGGGGAGUGAAAAUCGACUCCGUUGCAUGAAAUUGAAAAACCCGCAGCGUUUUCGGAAGGAAUUAUCUACGAAUUCGAGUGAUGGAGCAGGGCGAAACGGCGGCGGGUGCUUUGGCGGCGUCUCCGGUGGUGAGGCAGCUGGAUUUCACCAUCAAUUUUAAAUCGACGGCGGCGAAUGCUAAUGCCAAUGCGAAUUUGAUAUUGCCAGAGCAUCCGCAGGCUCAGUUACAGUCCAAGUUGCUGGCUUUAAUUGAACAGAAACAAGUGCAUGCCAACGGAAGGGCUCAAUCGCCGCCGAGAACGGUGUCGCAAAGGAAACUGCCACCUGGAAAAAUUGUUAUGCCGCCGAAAAAAAAUUCCCGGCGAGAGCUUUCUCAAAUUGUGGGGCAAACGAAAUCGCCUGCGAUAGCGCCCAAACCUGCAUUGAAGCCCUUGCUGAAGAUGGAGUCUCCAAAAUCCCGAGAAAGGUCUAAUCUUGAACAGAACGAUGGCACGCCGAAGAAGCAGAAGCAAUGUAAUUGUAAGAACUCGAGAUGCUUGAAGCUGUACUGUGAAUGUUUUGCGUCUGGUUCUUACUGCGAUGGAUGUAACUGCACCAAUUGUUACAAUAAUCUUGAAAACGAGCCGUAUAAGAAGGAAUCAGUUAGAGCUCUUUUGGAGAAAAAUCCCGAUGCCUUCAAACCAAAGAUAAGUGGCAGUCCACAUGGUGCUGCAGAUGGUGGGGUAGAAUACCAUAAAGGGUGCAAUUGUAAAAAAUCGGGCUGUCUCAAGAGGUACUGUGACUGCUUCCAAGCCAAUAUUCUAUGCUCCGACAGAUGUAAAUGCUGUGACUGCAAAAACUACGAAGGAAGUAAAGAGAGGAACGCUCAUUUUCACCAUCAUUCGUCAAAAUCAAUGGCGCUCAUCCAAUUGGCAGCCAAUGCAGCCAUUAAUGAAGCCAUUGGAAUUCCAAGCAAGACAACUAGAAAUAACCGGCAAAUUAUUUUCGGGACAGCAUCUAAUAAACAACAAUUGGCUAGCUGGCUUCCAAAAUAUCCUCAGGAAACUUGUUCGACAUCUAAGUCACCACUAUCUGCUAAACAGAAAGCUUCAGUCUCAGGACUUUCUAAAUCCUCUUACAAGUCUCCAUUAGCUGGCAUCCUCCAACCACAACAUGUGAAGGACUUGUGCAAAGUCUUGGUCGAAGUUUCGGCAGAAGCAGCAGCACAUAGUAUUUCACAAGAAAGAAAACCGACGAAUAAUUCCACAAACGCGAACGAGGCUGAAAAAAAUCCAGCUUCUUCAUCCCAUGAAUCAGACACCUCUGAUAAUCGACCAUUAUCACCAGGAACACUUGCGUUAAUGUGCGACGAACAAGACGCAACAUUUAUGGCAGCUAAUGCCCCUCAAUCUACAACAACCGAACCUAAUACAAGGACAAAUAAUACGAAACCAGACCUGACAUACGUCGAUCAAGAAAGGCUCGUAUUGACCAGAUUUUGCAGUUUUCUCAAUAAACUUAUCACUUGUGGCUCCAUAGAAGAAAAGAAGAUAGAACCCUAGAGCUCGUGGAGUAAAGUGCGUGUGCAGAUGAUCGAACGAGUACAGGUUGAGAGGUGAAUGGUGUUAGUGCAGUUAUAAUUAAUAUAUAUUUUUUUUUUGUUUUGUUUUUGCUGACAACUGUGUGUCCAAAAGUUAGGACUUGUUGUUGCAGUUAGAUAAUAUGUGAGGUGGAUGGUGAUGAUUUCUUGUUUACACCAUUCUUAUAGAACUCAUGUGUAAGAAAUCAAGAUUCUUUUUCUAUACUUCCAUUUUUUUUUUUUUUCCUUUUUUUGCAUAAGUUGAUAAAAUCAUGCUUCAUCUU